AUUCAGUCCCUGUAUUUCACACUGUGCUCCCACUGUUGAAGGAGAAUGGCCCGGACCAAGCAGACAGCGCGUAAAUCGACCGGAGGGAAAGCUCCUCGCAAACAGCUGGCUACCAAAGCGGCGCGGAAGAGCGCUCCAGCUACGGGCGGAGUGAAGAAGCCUCAUCGCUACAGGCCCGGCACCGUGGCUCUGAGGGAGAUCCGGCGCUACCAGAAAUCCACCGAGUUGCUCAUCCGCAAACUGCCCUUCCAGCGCCUGGUGCGGGAGAUCGCUCAGGACUUCAAGACAGACCUGCGCUUCCAGAGCUCGGCAGUCAUGGCCCUGCAGGAGGCCAGCGAGGCUUACCUGGUGGGGCUCUUUGAGGACACCAACCUGUGCGCAAUCCACGCCAAGCGAGUCACCAUCAUGCCCAAAGACAUCCAGCUGGCCCGCCGCAUCCGCGGGGAGCGCGCCUAAACUCCACCUCUCCACCAACAACAAACGGCUCUUUUAAGAGCCACUAAUCCGG